AUGGCGGCGUUUCGCGGCAGCGGCGCCUUUCGAGGCCAGGAAGCUCCGGUGCAAGGCUGGAGGGCUGCAGCUCGACCAGCGAUUGGGGGAGGUCACUUUGGUUCUUGCCGAUCCGUCGAGGAUUUCGAGCUGCUUGCAUGCAUCGGGGAAGGCACAUACGGGCGGGUGUGGAAGGCGCGUGACACGAAGCGCUCAGCCUUUGUUGCCCUUAAGCAGAUGCGUCUCCUCCCCAAGCAGAGCCACCUCGAGGGCCUUCCCAGGGGUACUCUCAGAGAGAUUACUCUCCUGAGACGAUUGCAACACCCCAAUAUCGUUGAGCUGAUUGAAAUAGCAGUGGGCCCCGACAUCUCGCGCGCACGCCGCCCCACGCCUCAGGAGCUGCGGGAUGAGGGGUCUCUCUUUUGCGGGAACUGUUUUGUUUACCUUGUGUUCGAAUACUGCGAGCGUGACUUCGCGGAUUUGAUUGAAGAUCGCCAGACGCCUUUCGGACCAGGAGAAAUCAAGUGCAUCAUGCGGCAGCUGCUGCUGGCAAUCUGCCACUUGCACGCAAACAAAGUGCUGCAUCGCGAUGUGAAGCUGUCCAACAUCCUUCUGAAUGCCGCUGGACACAUCAAACUCGCAGACUUCGGUUUGGCGAGACCCUUUCGGGAGCCGCCGGAGCCUUCGACAGAGGGUGUCGUGACACUCUGGUAUCGAGCACCUGAGCUGCUCUUGCAAGCCUCCACCUACGGCCCACCCGUCGACAUGUGGGCAGCUGGAUGCAUCUUUGCAGGGCUUCUAACUAACAGACCCUUUUUACCAGGCAAAACCGAGCAGCAUCAAGUUCGCCUCAUCAGUGUGAUGCUGGGUACCCCGACUCCCGAGGAGUGGAAUGGACUUGAGCAGCUUCCUGGAUAUUCUGCGUUCGACUUCUCUCAAAAGCGGCCCGGUGCGCUAAGAAAAGUCUUUAGCAGCCAGACACCUGCAUGCACCGAUUUGCUCUCGCGCCUCUUGGCUCUGGAUCCUGCGAAAAGGAUAACUGCCCGAGACGCUCUCGCCCACCCCUACUUCUCCGAGGCUCCAGCACCGAGUUGCGUUCGCCUCUUGUCGGCUGCAGCAGAGCCAGUUCAUCAAGCCAAGGCUAAGAGGCACUGUCGCAGCCAAGAGCACCCCGCUGCUUCCGCUGCGGCUUCCACAUCAGAUGCUGCAGGUUGGUCCGCAAAAGACGGAGCCUGGAUCGCCUCCCUCUUCAAGCAGCAACAGGCUGCAGCUCCUACCGCCACCAUAGCUGCUGAAGCAGCGCAGUGCAGACGUGGCAGACUGCAGAGCUUCCAGUGCACCAGCGAAAACGCAAGAGGCUACUCUCGCUACAACGCGCUGGCAAAAGCUCCCUAUUCAGAGGUUGCUGAAGGAGGAGGUGCUUUGGCAAAGGCACCCACUGCAGGGGUACCUUGCAAUGGCUCUAGUGCAGGCCUAGUGCAACAACGUAGAAGGGCAGUUCUGCGAGCGCCGUCACGCUCCGCAGCCAGACGUUUUCAGGAACGCAAGCAAGUUGCAAUGCCACCAACCGCCGCACGCGAUUGUGAAAGCAAGCGAGGAGGGAGCUCUGCAUAA